UCCGGGUCAUAGGGUCCUUUCCGCCUAGCGGGGAUGCAGUUCUCCCUAGAACCCCAGUACCGGGGUCAUGGCGCCCCGGACCCUCCUCCUGCUGCUCUCGGGGGCCCUGGCCCUGACCCAGGCCCGGGCGGGCUCCCACUCCCUGAGGUAUUUUCACACCGCUGUGUCCCGGCCCGGCCUCGGGGAGCCCCGCUUCAUCGCCGUCGGCUAUGUGGACGACACUCAGUUCGGAAAGUUUGACAGCGACGCCCCGAAUCCGAGGGCAGAGCCGCGGGCGCCGUGGGCUGAGCAGGAGGGGCCGGAGCAUUGGGAAGAGCUGACGCGGAGAGCCAAGUACAUCUCACUGACUUCCCGAGUGCGCCUGCAGUCUCUGCGCGACUACUACAACCACAGCGACGCCGGGUCUCACACAUUCCAGAGGAUGUUUGGCUGUGAAGUGGACUCCAAGGGACUCUUUCUCCGUGGGCGCUAUCAGUAUGCCUAUGAUGGAGCCGAUUACAUCUCCCUGAACGAGGACCUGCGCUCCUGGACGGCAGCGGACACGGUCGCUCAGAUCACCCAGCGCCAGUGGAUAGAGGCCGCUGUAUCCGGGCAUAAGAAGGCCUUUCUGGAGGGCUUGUGUGUGGAAUGGCUCCGCAGAUACCUGGAGAAUGGGAAGGAGUCUCUGCAGCGCGCAGACCCCCCCAAAACACAUGUGACCCACCACCUCAUCUCUGAACAUGAGGCCACGCUGAGGUGCUGGGCCCUGGGCUUCUACCCUGCGGAGAUCACCCUGACCUGGCAGCGAAAUGGGGAGGACCAGACCCAGGACAUGGAGCUUGUGGAGACCAGACCUACGGGGGAUGGGACCUUCCAGAAGUGGGCGGCCAUAGUGGUGCCCUCUGGACAGGAGCAGAGAUACACGUGCCAUGUGCAGCAUGAGGGGCUGCCCAAGCCUCUCACCUUGAGAUGGGGCAGCAACAGUGCCCAGGGCUGUGAUGUGUCUCUCAUGGCUUCUAAAGGUGUCAGCAGUGGAAAUGGUGGAACAUGAUGGGAUUCUUGAUACAUGUUGAAAGUGAACUUGAAGGACUUGCUGAUGGAUUGCGUUUGGAAUAUAAGAGAAAGAGAGGAGUCAAGGAGGACGUCAAAAGGUGGUUCUGAUGUCCAGAAAAAUAGGGAAGACCCUGGAAGGAGACUUUUUUGGGGGGGUGGGACAUCACAGGCUAUCUCAGUUUCAGAAUCUGAAAGAGACAUAGAAGUGAGAUUAUCAAGAAUAACCAAACACACACACACACACACAAAACCACAGCCCUCAAUUUGAUUACAGCUUAUAGUAACCAUUACAUAUACAUUCAACAAUGCAAUCAAAAAGCUAGAUAAUCUGACUACACACAGACACACAUACACACAGUCACAAAAACAAACUCCAACUAUAUGAUGUCUAUAGCAAACAGACUUAUAUUCAAAAGUACAAAUAGAUUGAAAGUAAAAGAAUGGAAAAUAAUAUAUUAUGCAAACAGCAACCACAAGAAGGUCCUAGUGGCUACAUUAAUAUCAGACAAAAUAGAUUCUAAAAUAAAAAAUCUUACUAGAGUUAAAGAGGGGCAUUUUAUAAUGAUAAAGGAGUCAAUUCAUCAGAAAGAUGUAAGAAUUAUAAAUGUAUUUGCACCUAAUUAUAGAACAUCAAAAUACAAUAAAGCAAAAACAUAAACAUGAAGGAAGAAAUCAACAAUACAACAAUAAUAGCUGAAGACUUAAAUAUGCCAUUUUCAAUGGCUAGAAUAACUGACAGAAUAUCAACAAAGUCUCAUUGUUGAUCAAGGUUAGAUGACUUGAACAACCCUAUAAACCAACUAUACAUAAGGGAUGUCUGUGGAACACUGCACAAAAUAACAGCAGAAUAUGCAUUCUUCUCAAGUGCACAUGGAACAUUCUCCAGAAUAGAAGAUAUGCUAUGCCAUAAAACAUGCCCUUAUAAAUUUAAAAGAAUAGAAAUAAUAUAAUGUUCUCCAACCACAACGUGAUGUAAUUAUAAAUAACUAACAGAAAGAAAUUUGGGAAAUUUACAUAUAUGUGGAAAUUAGACUACACACUCUUAAAUAACCAAUGGGUCAAAGAUGAAGUCAAAACAAAUUAGCAAAUACUGUGACAUAAAUGAAAAUGGAGAUACAGCAUACCAAAACUUACGGGAUUCUAUUAAAGUAGAGCUUUUAGGAAAAUUUGUAUAUAUAAAUGCCUACAUUAAAAGAUAAGAAAGAUGUCAAAUUCAUAACCUAAUCACUACUUUAAGACAUUGGGAAAAAAAGAGCAAACCGAACCUAAAGAAAGCAGAAGGAAGGAAUGAUAAAAAUGAGAGUUGAAAUUCAUGAAAUAGAGCACAGAAAGAGUACAGAAAAUAAAACAAAAUUUGGAUCUUUGAAAAGAUUUUUUUUUUAAU